GGGGAGCGAGGAGACUGAGGAAGGGGUUCGGCCGUCAGCCGCCCCAAAUAUUCAGAAAAGAAGCGCAGGGAAUCAAACGAGAAGAAAUCAUGGCCGAGUGGCCGACUACCUGCUCCGACACCAAAAGUCAACUCUUUGGUUGGUUCUUCUUAUGGAUCAGUCCACCGGAGACCCGGAGCCCAACCCCACUACUGCAUCCAUUCCAAGAAACGCCAAGCAAUGGGCACCCUCGCCGCCGUCCUCCUCCUGGCCGGCCUGCUCGCCGCGCUCGCGUACGUGCUGCGCGUGGCCCACUCCCUCCUCUGGGUCCCGUACCGCCUGGAGCGCCGCUUCCGCCGGCAGGGCAUCCGGGGGCCCCCGCGCAGGCUGGUCGUCGGGAACGGGUCCGACUGGGUAGCCCUCCUCGCCGCCGCCAAGUCCACGCCGCUCGCUUCUUUCCACCACGCCGUCAUCGACCGCGUCGCGCCGCACUACCGCGUCUGGCCGGCGCAGUACGGCUGGCCGUUCGUGUUCUGGCUAGGGCCCCGGCCGCGGCUGGUGAUCUCCGGCCCGGAGGUCGCCAAGACCGUGCUGACCGACUCCACGGGGGCCUUCAACAAGGCUACUACCGGCGGCACCAACCCGCAAGCUCGGCAACUCAUCGGCGAGGGGCUCGUGGGGCUCACCGGGGAGACGUGGGCGCACCACCGCCGUGUCAUCGCGCCCGCCUUCAACAUGGAGAGGGUCAAGGGCUGGAUACCAGAAAUGUCAUCUAUCAUCUCAUCCAUGCUGGAUAAAUGGGAAGUCCAAGGAAAAACCCGCACUGAGUUUGAGAUCGAUGUGCAUCAAGAAUUCCACACUUUGGGUGGGGAUGUACUUUCCUGCGUAGCAUUCGGAAGUAGCUAUGAGGAAGGAAAACGAGUUUUUCAAUUGCAAGAAGAGCAGAUAGAACUUGUUAUCCUUGCAAUGAGAACCUUUUACUUUCCUGGCUUUAGGUUUAUACCGACAAAGAAGAACCGAAGACGUAAUUACCUAAACCAGGAAAUCCGGAGUUCUCUGCGCAAAUUGAUUGAGAUCAAUGGAACGAAGUGUGAAGAUUCCAAAAAUUUGCUUGGCUUGAUGCUAUCAGCCAGCAAAACUGACAACGGGUUUAAAAUGGGAGUCGAAGAGAUCAUUGAUGAGUGCAAGACGUUUUACUUUGCCGGUAAAGAAACAACCGCAAAUUUGUUGACAUGGGCAAUGCUUUUGCUGGCAUUGCAUAAAGAAUGGCAAGACAAGGCCCGAGAUGAAGUCCAUCAAGUAUGUGGCAAGUACGAGCACCCAAGCGCAGAAAACCUGAGCGGUCUCAAAAUUGUAAAUAUGGUGUUGAAGGAGACCCUCAGGCUAUAUCCUCCAGCUUCAUUUGUGAACAGGACAACCACUAAGGAUGUCAAGCUGGGCAAACUCGACAUCCCUGCCGGCACGCAACUCAAUCUGCCUAUUAUUGACAUUCACCAUGAUGUUGACAUAUGGGGCGCUAACGCAGAGGAGUUCGAUCCAUCGAGGUUUGCAGAUGGCAAGAGCUAUCACCUUGGUGCGUACUUUCCCUUUGGGAUUGGUCCUGCCAUCUGCGUUGGUCAGAAUCUCGCGAUGGUUGAGGCAAAGCUGGCGCUUGCAAUGGUCCUCCAGAGGUUUGCAUUUGAUGUCUCGCCAUCCUAUGUUCAUGCUCCGAUGACUGUGAUGACCCUCCAACCCCAGUACGGCGCUCAAGUUCUUGUCCGCAAGGUCUGAACCUUGUGUGGCGCUGUAUAUGGAACUGUGAGGUUUGACGACAAGGUAUAUUUAUCGCCAUGUCUCCUGUAUAUGCGUAGAUAUUGUGAGCAACUUGGAAGAGGAGGCUCUCAACCUGUCUGAAUUUUAUCUUGAAACUGUGUAUCGAAAAGGAGGUAUAUGUUUUGCGCCAAUAAUGUAUCUGUACUGUGGGAAAUUUGGAAGGAGGAUGUGUUGAAACUGUGUAGAGAAAAAAAAGAAUCUUAGCGACAGUAAUUUAUAUGCGUAUUGUGAAUAAUUUGGAAAGAGGCUCUGAACUUGUCUGAAUUUCGUCUUGACA